GCAUACAUUCUAUUCUAUAACCAAAACCUGAUGAUUUUAAAGCAAUUUAAUCCACCAUCUCUUGCCAUAAACCAUCAUUGAAUAACUUUGAAAAAAAAGAAAAAGAGGGUAGAACUAGUGGAAGAAAAGAAAAUGGAGUGGUUCUACCCAAGAAGAAGGGGUCCUGAAUGGAAACAGGGUUGGACAGGCCAAACUCUUGGCUCCAUAUCUAUCCCACCACCUCCAUUGCUAGUCAUAUUUGGAAUUGUCAUUCUCUUGCUAUGGCUCUCCCAAUAUACAGACUACAAGGCCCAGUUACACCACUCAGCUAUCAACUUUCAGCUGUUCCUUUUCUUGCUUCCCGUUCUCCUUAUACUCUUGAUUGCUUCAUACUCUACUAACUGGAUGCCUUACUUUCGGCUACGGCAACCAAGGUCAGGUCGCGAAUCAGUUCGUUCGGCUGAGGGGUCUUCGCAGCCUUGGGGUAUUGCAGCGUUUGUGGCGGUGCUUUUAGUGUUGCUUUCUUAUCAAUCUUCUUUUCAUUCAAAGUGGUUUGGACCUCUUUGGAGAUCAGAUUAAUUAGUUUUAGUUGUUAUAUAAAUUACUUCAAGAGAGUGUGGAAGGCAAUACAUGAUCAUGGAAUCUUAAGUUCAAAUUUCUUCACAAAAAAAAAUCCUAUGCUUUUGGUAAUGAAAAUAUUAAGAAUAUAUAUAUUAUCUAUCAAUUUAAUAUAUAUAUAUAUAAUAAUAAUGUCAGGGCCUUAUAUCCUGCAUUUUAAUCCACAUUAUAAUGUGGUCCGCCCAGGUGCAACACAUGGGUUAGAAUUCUGUCACAUAUGAUGUGCGCUAUUUUUUUUUUAAAAUUUAUAUUCAUUAAAUCGGGUACCAAAUAUUCAUUAACUAUGUUCAUUAAGCAUGUACUAAAUGUUCAUUGUUUUAAUAUUAAAUAUUCAUUUUUUAUUGAAUUUAUUUUAUUAAAAAGAUAUUUGUACCACUAUAAAUAUUUGUAUGAUACCUUAGUUUGAAUUUUUUUG